AUGACAAUUCCAACUGUGGUGUUGUUCAGUAGUGCUAAGCAAAUUUAUGACGAUCCAAACACGAGCUUGCCGUCCAUGUCAACAUGGAAUUGCGAUCAAAUGAUGACUACCAACAACAAUUUGAAAGACAAUAAUUCGCAUAAUUUCGAAUUGACGUCAUCCGGCGAAAAUUCAUGUGAAAAGAACUCAAAUAUAUUAUUAAUUCAACACAACAAACAUCAACUAAUACCGUUUGUUGUUUGGCUUCAAAAUAUUUUACCAUAUGUGAUUGAUUUUCAUGACGCUCCAAACAAAUUUAUUCCACAAUUCAGAUCAUUAAGUUUGGUUUGCAAAGAUUGGUAUCAAAGUUUUAAUAAUUUCACGUGUCAUGAACAGGAAUCGAUUUGGGCUGCUUUUAUUUCAACGACCAUAACAUCUUCAAAGGAGAGUUUGAAACAAGUAUUGAGCGAGUUGCCAGAUAUGAGACAAAUUUAUGCCCUACGAUGUGCUCCAAAGCAAGUUAGAGUUACAAGCACUGUAAAUGUUACAGGAAUACCCACUCGCCACGUUUCUUUUUCCAAUGCCGUUGAAUUCUCUUUCACACCUGUUUCCACUCUUGGAUUGAUAUCUUAUUGGAUGAAAGUACUCCCAAAAGUGAUGUAUGAUGUUAAUGCUGGUACAUGGUUUUUUCAAGAUUCUCUCUUUGACAUUCGACUCAAAGAAUUGGUUCAAGAACUGAUUCGACAAAGAUAUGAAUUAACGGCUGAAUAUGAUGACUUUGAUGAUUGUGCCAUAAGUAGAUUUUUUUCAUGUUCAGCUUCGUCUUUAAUUGAUGAAUAUCAAAGAGCAGCUUCUAUGGAUCACGCACUCAUAUUUGAUACGACAACUAUUCUUAAUGAAUUUCAAGUCCUUUCAAAUCAAUUUAAAAUACUGAGAUGUAUUGCAAGAUUGCUCUUGCCAUGCAUUCCAGAUCAAUCCACACGUAAUCAUAUAGAUCAUUUAUUGCGUAAUAAUGCUAUCAUGACAACAAUGGAGAAUGCUAAAGCAUUUGUGGAUGAUUUGUGUCCAUUGAUUUUAACAUUUACUCAAUCCAUCGUACUCCCCCCAAGGGAAUCUCAUGCUCACACGUACAUUUUGUUUACAAAAUAUGGAAAAGGAAUAAUGUUCAAAAUGAUCUCUAAAAAGUAA